AGUUGUAGAGAGCAUUACUCUCUUCGUUGAAUAGAAAUCAUUCCCCUGGCCCCUCAGCGGGUGAAGUGUAAGCAGCCUGAACCGUCGGCUCGAACCUCGAAGUUUGCACUUUGGGAGUUGAAACCCUCUCUCCUCAAGUGGAGGGGGACAAUGGGUCAGGAUUCAGAUACCCAGACAAGUGCCCAUUUGUCGAUUUCUCUCUGUUUCGCUCGCGUUCUUUGCUCUCUCGAUAUUUUAUCGACGAUGGUGGAUCCAAACGCAUGGCUGCAACUGCUGUCCAAAUUAGCGCCCUGAAAUUCUCAUUCUCUUUUCGCUCCUCGUUUUUUAUUCAGCCAUUCCUUACUCUCUACGUUUUGGUGGUUGGGUUCUAGAGAACUUUUCUAGUUUCCUUUUAAUGGAGAUUUGCAUUUCUAUUUCUAUUCGUCCUUCCUCUGUAUAUUAUUCUUCAAGCCAGCUCUUCCCUCUCAAAUUUUGCAAAUUUUCAUCUCCUUCGUUCACUGCCAGCGCCAUAAGGAACAAUGCUUGCUGUUUCAAUGGUUUGAAGCCCGAAACCAAGAGAAGAGUGUUUGAGCGACGAUUUUCGAGCGAGACUGUUACUGCUGAUCUCGUCAGCGUCGGAGAGGAUUUGCCGGAUGACUAUGGAGAAUGGUUCCCUAAGGCGGAUCCGAAAGAUCGGAGAAGAGCUGGUGUUCUGCUUCAUCCGACAUCAUUGCCAGGACCAUAUGGUAUUGGAGAUUUUGGUGAAGAGGCCUUUCGCUUCUUGGAUUGGCUUCACGAAGCUGGUUGCUCCAUUUGGCAGGUUCUCCCUCUUGUCCCUCCUGGGAGGAAGGCUAAUGAAGAAGGAUCCCCUUACUCUGGCCAGGAUGCAAAUUGUGGUAACACCCUUUUGAUUUCUCUUGAUGAGUUAGUUAAGGAUGGUUUGUUGAUGAAGCAUGAACUUCCAAAACCAAUGAUUGCUGACCGUGUGAAUUUCACAACUGUUGCUAGCAUAAAAGACCCUUUGAUAGCAAAGGCUGCAGAGAGGGUCCUUUUGAGUGAAGGGGAGCUGAAAAGUCAGUUUGAACAAUUUCGUAGAGACCCUCAAAUAUUAGGAUGGCUAGAAGAUGCAGCUUAUUUUGCAGCUAUUGACAAUGCUCUAAAUACUUUCACUUGGAAUGAGUGGCCUGCACCUUUAAAAAACCGCCAUCUUGUGGCCUUGGAGGAAAUAAACCAAAGCCAAAAGGACUUUAUAGACAUAUUUAUUGCACAACAGUUCUUAUUUCAAAGGCAAUGGCAGAAAGUUCGCAACUAUGCACAUAUGAAAGGAAUCAACAUAAUGGGAGAUAUGCCCAUAUAUGUAGGGUAUCACAGUGCAGAUGUCUGGGCAAAUAGGAAACAAUUUCUUUUGAGCAGGAGUGGUUUUCCUUCCCUAGUCAGUGGUGUUCCCCCAGAUGCCUUCAGCGAAACUGGCCAGCUUUGGGGCAGUCCUCUAUAUGAUUGGGAAGCAAUGGAAGAUGAUGGAUUUGCUUGGUGGAUACAGAGAAUAAAGCGUGCAUAUAAUCUGUAUGAUGAGUUCAGGAUAGACCAUUUUCGAGGAUUUGCUGGCUUUUGGGCUGUUCCUUCGGAAGCAAAGAUUGCAAUGGUUGGCCAAUGGAAGGCUGGACCAAGGAAGGCAUUAUUUGAUGCCAUAUUCAAAGCUGUUGGAAAGAUCAACAUAAUAGCAGAAGACUUGGGAGUAAUCACGGAGGAUGUAGUUCAGCUAAGGAAAGCAAUUGGAGCACCUGGAAUGGCUGUUCUCCAGUUUGCAUUUGGAAGUGACUCAGAUAAUCCUCAUCUGCCUCAUAAUCAUGAGCCUAAUCAAGUAGUGUAUACUGGAACUCAUGAUAACGAUACGGUUCGAGGUUGGUGGGAAAACUUGAAGCAGGAAGAGAAGUCCAAUGUCAUGAAAUACCUUUCAAUUAGUGAAGAAGAUAUUUCAUGGACUUUGAUUCAAGCUGUAAUGUCUUCAGUGGCCCGUAUUGCCAUCAUACCCAUGCAAGAUAUUCUUGGUUUGGGAAAUUCUGCUAGGAUGAACAUUCCAGCAACACAGAUUUGGAAGGGAAAAGUGGGAUGAAGAAGGAUUUGCUAAUCCACCACUUUCAAUAUUUUGCCACUUGGUUCCAAAAAAGAGCCUGGUGGAAACGGGAAAGUGUUGGCUAGUGGGGCUGUAAUUGGUUGGAUUUGGAUCAGAUCCAGCAACAUCCAAAUAUGAUUGGAUCUAGGGAUCUCAGAUUGGAUUUGGAGCCUAUUGAAUUUGGAUUGGAUCCAGAUUAUUUAAUCCAAGUUUGCUUUAUAUUUUUAAAACCAAAAAUUAAAAAAUUAUUUAAAAAAUGUUAACCACUUUUUAACUUAUGCUGCUAGAAAGACAUGAUGCUGGACCAAAGAAAAAGAAAGACGUGAUACUGGAAUGGCUUUGACCAAUGAAUACCCCCUGGCGUGAAUUUUGAUAAAUACUACCUGAUUGGUUACCACUUUUAUGAUAUCGUU